AUGAUGAUCGGUGGCGGCGUCGCGACCCCUCCUGGUACUGCCAAGUCGGCGGCUGCGAUCGACAGCGAAAUGGUGCAGGUCGACGGCAUUGGCAGUGGUAGUGUCAGUGGCAGUGCUAGUGGUAGUGGUAGCCCUGCGACAGGCGCGACUACUACGCGUUUAACCAACAACGCUGCCAGCAGCAAUAACAACAACAACAAUGGGGACGUUGCGAACAAUAAUAACAACAACAACAACAACAACGAGGGACACGGGGUGGUGAAUUGCACAAGUGGAGCACCACCGGCUAGUGAGAAAUUCUGCUGUCACGAGGACGACGCGCCCGUCAACACAGGCGUCGCGCGGCCUUGGGAACCACCCUCGCCGACCUUCUCGCAGACGAGGUCGCAUCUGCUUCAAGUCCAUCCGCCGCAUCAUCAUCAGCAUCCAGCUGCGCACCACCAUCAACAGAUGACCGUGCCGCCAGUGUCUUUGAUCGACGGCGUGAGCUUGCAAAACUGUACCGCGGGGCCAUUUGCCAGCGGUAAUGGCGGAGGAACCAGCAGGCAACGAUUGCUGGAGCUGUCGCAUGGAUUAGGAGCCCUCAGGCACUACAACGACCUGGCUAAUCAUGUGCUGUCGCUGAAUCAACAGGGUGCGGUCGUCACUAAACUCCUUGCUCGUAGUGUUCCAGGUACUCUACGCCCGCCGGGCUUAAUCGGUGGCAGCAAGCCAAAAGUCGCGACGCCCGCCGUCGUCGCCAAGAUCGAGCAGUACAAGAGGGAGAACCCGACGAUCUUCGCCUGGGAGAUUCGCGAGAGGCUGAUAUCCGAGGGCGUCUGCAGCAACGCGACAGCCCCAUCGGUCAGCAGUAUCAACCGAAUUCUACGGAAUCGUGCGGCAGAACGUGCAGCCGCGGAAUUCGCUAGGGCAGCAGGCUACGGACUGUACGCGGCAGGUCCUCAUCCGUACUUCAACAGCGCCCAUCAACAUCCAACUACCAGCCACCAUUUGCCUGCUGGCUGGCCAGCCGCCUCCGCGUCGGCGGCUGGCACCGCGGAUCACUCUUUGCACGCGGACGCCAUUGCUCGAGGAUACUUGCAAGACGGUGAGGGUGACGAGGGAAGCCUGGACGGUUCGGAACAGCCGAAAUUCCGACGGAAUCGCACCACGUUCAGCCCGGAACAGCUCGAGGAGCUGGAAAAGGAGUUCGAAAGAUCUCACUAUCCUUGCGUGUCUACGCGCGAACGGCUAGCCUCGAAGACCUCUCUCUCGGAAGCUCGUGUUCAGGUUUGGUUUUCCAACAGACGGGCAAAGUGGCGUCGUCAUCAGCGAAUGAACCUUUUAAAACGUUCGCCACCUCCGCCACCGCCGCCUCCGCCUCCGCCGCCACAGCCGCAGCUGCCGCAGCAACAGCAGCAGCAGCAGCCGCAACCGCAUUCCGCAUCCGGUAUGGAAAUAAACCGUGCGUCAAGCUGCUCAAUCGCCGGAAUGGGAGGAGAAAGUAGCGCGUUCCGGGCCGUCGUCACCAACUCGUCCGCCAGAGACACAGUGGAACGGAACGAGAGGAUCGACAGGGUCGAUCCCAUCGGGAAACAACCGGAAAGAAAGCCGAGCGCGUUUAGAAUGAUCAGCCAGCUGGUCGGCGACGAUUCGCCGACAAUACUGAGGUCCUCCAGUCCGAAUUACGAGCAACAGAGGCACGAGUCGAACGUCGGUUCCACCGUUGGCUCCGAGUCCACCAACAAAGAGUUCGAUCGAGUCGAGGACGAGGAAGAGGACGAGGAGAUCGACGUUCAAGACUCGGAUCAAGAUGUUCCUUCGUCGCCUACCGUUGCUUGGAGGGAUCACUGGACGGAUCAGCAACCAUUGGAGCUCACCAAACACGAUCGUUGA